CUCUCUGAAAGAAAGGAAAUUCACGGUAAAGUUACAAUUUAGUACGACCAAAAUAAUAGUUAUUCAAUUGUAUAGAAGAAACGGAUUCACUUUUAAUUGCACAGACGAAAAUUUUAACGUGUAGCCUAGACAGGCACACCGAGGUUUUUGCAACGAAGAGGCAGAAGGGAAAGAAAGGCUAUUAUACCCCUACGUUUGAAACCUUUUAAGCUAACCUACCUCCAGGAUGUCGGAGCGAGGAGGGCUCCCGCGGACUGGAGGUGCCCCCUCCCCGCACUUGCAACCCUCCAAACCGGUCACGAUCACCUCGAAUCGCCCUGUCCACAUGAACCUAUACGCCACCUGGGAAGUGGACCGCUCUUCACCAAGCUGUGUGCCGAGGCUGUUUAACCUGACCCUGAAAAAGCUGAUCAUGUUGAAGGAGCUGGACAAAGACCUGACGUCUGUGGUCAUCGCUGUCAAACUACAGGGUUCUAAGCGUAUCCUGAGGUCCAAUGAGAUCUUGUUGUCUUCAGCGGGACUGACAGAGACAGACCUUCAGCUCACCUUCUCUCUACAGUACCCCCACUUCCUGAAGAGAGACGCCAACAAGCUUCAGAUCAUGCUGCAGCGUCGCAAACGCUAUAAGAACCGAACCAUCCUGGGCUACAAGACACUGGCGCUGGGUCACAUCAACAUGGCUGAGGUGAUGCAGCAUCCCAGUGAGGGGGCCCAGGUGUUGGGGCUCCACAGCCAGUUGAAGGAUGCCUCGGUGCCCGUGGCGGAGGUCAGGGUCUACUCCCUCUCCAGCCAGCCCAUUGACCACGAGGGACCCAAGGCCAAGAUGUCUGAUCGUUCUCCAGACAUUGAUAACUAUUCUGAGGAAGAAGAGGAGAGCUACUCAUCAGAACAGGAGGGCAGUGACGACCCGAUCCACGGCCAGUAUCUCUAUGAUGAAGAGGAUGAGGUGAGGAAGAAGAAGCCCCGACGGAAGCUCACCUCCAACGCUUCCAUCACUAGACAACCAAACAUCAAGCAGAAGUUUGUGGCUCUGCUGAAAAGGUUCAAGGUUUCUGAUGAGGUGGGUUUUGGUCUGGAGCAUGUCUCUAGUGAACAGAUCCAGGAAGUGGAGGAGGAUUUAGAUGAGCUCUAUGACAGUCUGGAGAUGUACAACCCCUCUGACAGUGGCCCUGAGAUGGAAGAGACGGACAGCAUCCUCAGCACACCCAAACCUAAACUCAGGCCGUUCUUUGAGGGAAUGUCCCAGUCCAGCUCUCAGACGGAAAUCACCAGCCUGAACAGCAGAGGAGGGAGCCUGGGACGAGACGCCUGCUUCAGCCCUCAGGGGGAGCAGCGGCCUGUGGAGAUGAAACACUCUCGCAGUCGCAACCUGGAGGUGGAGACCCUCUCUGAGACGGACACGCUGGAGUUGACGGAUCAGGAGAUGUUUCCGGAGGGCCCCUGUAUUACGGUGUCAGGGGCUGAGAAACCCCGUACGCCCCUGAAGAGCAGCAAGAGUGGAGGAGGACAGACCAUGCCCUCCCCCAGGCUGGAUGGCAGGGGCCCCACCCCCAAACAGAAGAGACAGAGCAGUACUCCUAUGAAAGAGAGACAGCUGUCUAAACCAAUCAGUGAAGGGGGGAGGACCAACAGCUCCGACAGCGAGAGAUCCCCCGAACUGGGACACAGCUCACAGGUUCUGAGGAAGGCGGUGUAUGAUCAGCUGAACCAGAUCCUUCUGUCUGACGCGGCUCUGCCUGAGAGUCUCAUCCUGGUCAAUGGCACAGACUGGCAGGGCCAGUACGUGGGAGAGCAGCUGCAGGUACAGAGGCACCCGGUGGUGUGUACGUGUUCAGGAGCUGAGAUCCAGGCGGUGCUUUCUGCUGUCCUCACACGCAUCCAGAAGUUUUGUAACUGUAACUCGUCCAUGCCCAGGCCGGUCAAGGUGGCAGUGGUGGGUAGUCAGAGCUACCUUGGUGCCGUCCUGCAGUUCUUUGUCACACAGUUGGCAAGCAAGACCUCUGAUUGGCUCAACCACCUGAGGUUCCUGGUGGUGCCCCUGGGCUCUCAUCCUGUUGCUAAGCACCUGGGUGCCCUAGACAACCGUUACAGCUCUGCGUUCUUAGACGGGGCAUGGAGAGACAUGUUCAGCCGCUCUGAACCCCCACAGACAGACCUGUUGGACGUGGCCGGUAGGAUCUCCCAGUACGUCAGUGGCGCCACCGUCACACACCAGCUGCCCAUCGCUGAGGCCAUGCUUACCUGCAAACACAGGACGCACGAUGAAGAUUCCUACCAGAAGUUCAUUCCUUUUAUUGGGUUGGUCAAGGUUGGUCUGAUUGAGCCAGACACUUCCUCUACAGGAGAAGCAGAAGAGGGCGUGGCAGGGAGCUUGGCUGUUCCCUCUACGUCCCCUCCCACCCACGGCUCUCCCACCGGGCUGAUCAAAGAGGCGGCCACUCCCCCCUCCUCUCCAUCUAUGAGCAGUGUUCUCGCAGUACAGGGGAGCCCCAGUAUGUCCCAAGGUGUGGAUGCCAUUGGGUUGCAGGUGGACUACUGGCUGGCGUCGCUGGCGGAGAAACGCCGAGAGGGCGAACGGCGUGACACAGGCUGUAAGAACACCCUGAAGAGUGCCUUCAGAUCCCUGCAGGUCAGCAGGCUACCAGGAGGGGGCAGCAGUGAGACACAGGCCCAGGUCAGCACCAUGGCCAUGACCGUGGUCACCAAGGAGAAGAACAAGAAGGUUCCCACCAUAUUCCUGGGUAAGAAGCCGAAGGAGAAGGAUGUCGACUCUAAGAGCCAGGUCAUUGAGGGUAUCAGCAGACUCAUCUGUUCUGCCAAGCAGCAUCAAACCAUCCUGAAAGUGUCCAUAGACGGAGUGGAGUGGAAUGACGUCAAGUUCUUCCAGCUGGCUGCCCAGUGGCCCACCCAUGUCAAGUAUCUCCCUGUUGGACUGUUUGGUUACAACAAACCCCCCUCCUAGGGUCCACCCUGUACCCCUCGCCCAAUCCCGUCCCACCUACGCACACAGACCCCCCCCGCCUCUCGGAACGCCGUGGCGACUAAUAUCGGUCAAUUACGAUGAAGGGUUGAGGGGCCGAAUGUAUUUGCUAUGUUUUGUCUUAUUUCUCUAUAGUAGGGAGGGAGAGAUGGGUCGGAUAUGGGGUGCAACGCUACUAGUCACUUUAAUGAAUUGAAAUGCCCCUCUCGCUGUCUAGCGUGUGUGUAUGAGGGGCCCACAGCACAAGAUAACGGGCUGCCGUUCAACUAAUCCUAACGAUGAGAUGCACCCGCAUGAAUAACUCCCAUGACGUGCCCUGACCCUUGACCCCUGACAUCUGACCCUUUAACCCUUAACCUUUAAAAUCCUGACCAGGUAGUUCUCUUAUCACCUUGAACCUGCCCGGUGUCAUCAAAGGCCAACCUGCAUGCUGUACUACUACACCACCACGUGCCAGGACAUGUUAUAACAGUAAUGCCACGGUUAUUAUGGGGUAUGGAGGGGAACUUGGGAUCCAAACAUACCGUACAUGUGCAUGAAAUGGAAUGAACAACAGACGACACCUACAGUAGCAAUGCUUUUUCUGCUCCCUAAUUACAUGAAAAUGCUUUUUUUCUCUCACCAAUGAUGUACAGUAAGUUGACAUGUUAUGCAUAUGAAGAGCAGAAAAUAUAAGAGAAGGCUCUAGUUUUUUUGUAACGACAUUUGAACUCCCUGUGUACAGCGAGGGUGCCGACUUAAGAGCUCACUGUUUGCCCCAACUUUACUGAGAAGAGGCAACAUUUCUGCUGUCUGUAAGGCUUGUCCCUUUGUCAACCUCAGUUGUUGUUGUCAGCGUUGCUCUCUUGAUCCACCCUCCACUGUAUAGUCCUCCUUCCGCUUGUGGACGUACAGUAUAUCACCUGUGUGGGGUUGUGCAUGCUGGGAUUUGUAGGCUGAGCCUCGUGCUGAGGUUAAAUUGGGGGACAGGAGCUGUGACCGUCAUCUUCAUUUUUUGCGAUGCACUUCUAGUAACUAUAGUAGCUAGGUAUCUUACUCCAAAGCACAAUGUCGCACGCUACUAGUGACUUUUUAUCCCUGUCUUUACCUGUCAAGGAUUGCAAAAAAAACUUUCCCAAAAUUACCAAAUUUUCCAGAAAUCCUAGUUGGAAGGUUUCUGGAAUUAGGAGGGAAUAAGUAGUAAAUCCGGAAUCUCCCGACCUGGAUUUCUGGAAAACAUGCAUUUUCCAGCCCUGCCUGUGAUAGACGGGCAGCGUUCACGCCACUGAAAUGGUGGUGUGUUGUGUCUAGGGUGUUGUGAGGUGGCCAGUGUCCAGUGACAGGUGUGAUGUUAUGUAAUGUGGUAAAACAAUAUUGAAAUAUCUAUGAAACCAAUUUUAUAAGUAACCCACGCGACACAGUAUGAUUGUUUUAUGUGUGGCCACGUGUUUGUGUCGAGAUGUGGUCAAUAUCGCUUUAUGAGUUCUGUAGGCUGCGGUAUCAGCGGCCAGACGUUUGCCUUGUAGACUGACACAAAGAUAGGUGACACCAAAUUACCUUUUUUAAGAGCUACUAACGGUUCUGGUGCUUUUUAAGAAGAAACUGCAGACAAAUAAUUUGUAUCCAAAGAAUUUGACUUAAAUAAUUGGUUUUCAAUUUAGUAGCAAAGUCUAUGGUCGAAUAAUGUACCUGCAAAGGUACAUUCAAAUUAGUAUAUUUUGAAUGAAAUGGCAAUGUGUUGUAAGCAAAACACUAGUUCUCUUGCUGUCUAAGAUUGAAAGCUAACGAGUGUUAAGUAGCUUAGCCUUGUGUCACCUACAAAGUAACCUUCCCCAUCUGUGCGGAGUGAAGAAUUGUGACAAAUAUCAAGUAUUACAAUGCCAAUGUCUCAAUUUUUGCUGUUAUUAUUAUGAUUUUCGGGGUAACUUAGAGGUAGGUUUUUCAGCUUAGGUGUAACAGUGUUAAAAAUUGUGACGUCAACACCUUGUGUAACUCAAAUUUGGCCCUGUUCUCUUUUUUUUGGGGGGGGGGGGGGGGGGGGGGCUCGUACAAAGGAAGGUUUUUGCACCAAGGGCUUCAAACUGAUUGAGAGCAUAAGUACACAGCUAUGCAUGUUCCACAAAUCAGUCUGAAUGAUAGAAUGUACAGAUCUCAAACAACAAGGAUGUAUUUCCAAAAAUCAUUAGAGGUAUCAUCUGAACUUAAUUUGAAUGUGCAGAUAAUAUUCAUUGUUAGUUUCUAUUAUCUCUUCUCAGUCUUGUCGACAAAAGCUUUAUCAUUUAGUAAACAUACAUUUUGGAGGUUUUAACACCAUUUUACCAGUCCAGAAUAGGGUUGCAAAGGGAGGAUAUAUUACUGGAAACUUUCUAAGUUUGCCAGUAAAGUACCACCAUUUUUGUAACUUUCAAGGAUUUGAUGUAAUUUAUCACAUCUAUUUGCCAUUUUGGGUACUUCAGCUUAUCACAGAUGUCUUUCAUUAUCUGUGGCCUAAUCACCUAUAUAUAAUAUAAUCAAAUAAGAUUUUAAAAUUUAAAAAAUGCAAUGACAAAGCUGUAAAACGUUCCUAAGUAUUAAUAAUCAACUUAGUGAAUACCAUUGGUGAUUAAUAUGAGGGUUUCAGCAUGACAUGUCAACCAUAACAUUUUUUACACACUUAUUUAUUUUACUAUGUCAAUAUGCCUUUGUUGUAAAUGUGAUGGCAGUUGUGAAAAAAGUCAAUAGUUGGAAGAGUUGCAGAGUUAAUUAAGAAUAAUGCCAUUUUUGAUUAGAUGCUUUUAAACAUUAAUUUGGCUAUUUUGUCUUGAUCAGAGGGUGUAUCCACUAGGAACUAAUGGGUAUUAUGGACACAGAUAUGACAAAUUAAUACUAUACAUUGAUUUUUUUUAUUUUUUAUUUUUUUUACAUUUACUCAAGUUUAAAUGACCAAAGUUACCAUCGAAUGCUAUAGAUUCCGGCAACUUUUGUAAAUUACUGGUAGCUUUACCCUAGUCCAUAACCACCUGUUAUUUCACUAGAACAUUUUUGUUUUAUUAUAGAAAACACACAAUAAUAAUCUCUCAACUCCAUAGUCAGUUGACCUUGUAACCUCUGUGAGCUUGAAUACUUUGUGCAACUUCCCUUUGAGUAUCAAAGAAAGAUAUGGCAAAGGCAGUGGUCCUCUUGAAAGCAGACCAUUUAAACCCUGCUUCUCAUAGCAAGUGUCACUGCCCACCAGUCAAGGGCUAGACCCAGACCAAUGCCUUCAUGUGGACUUGGGCUCUUAAUGCAUAUUUUAACUGAGACUGUAUCCUACUGUAUGAAUGUUAUGUACAACAGGGUUUUCUCUUUGGGAGAGACAUUAUUGCUUGAGGAUAGUGAACCCUACCUGUAGCUACGCUACUCCCUAACCACAGAUCUAGGAUCAGAUUACAAUUACCCCCCCCCCCCCCCCCCUAGUUCUAACCAUAACCAUCAGCGGGAUUAAAAGAUAUCUGACCCUGUGUCAGUGGUUAGGGGAGACUUUUACCGUCUCUGAGCAGAACAAAGGGGUCCAAUUUCUCUAUGCCUUGCAGCGUGUUAUUAGCGUAAUAAGGAGUGUAAGAUGUAUGAUUCUAUUUGAACCCCCGUCUCUUCAUAGGGGGUUCAUAAGCAUUCACUGAAUGGGACAAAGAAAUCACUGCCAAGAUGUCAAAUGUUACAUGGAUAUAACACCAAGCUGAAGCGGGGGUGAUGUAGAUAUAGGUGUUAAAUGUUUUUGGUGAUAAAACUUUGUUCCAAAGUUAUCAUUUUAAUGUUGGAAACAUUAUUUUUUCCCACUAUACAUUCCAAUGUUUACUCCUCUCUCCUCUCCCCCUGUUUCCAGUUCAGUCCCUUCUUUCACCUGUUGUACCAUUAACAUGUUUGUUUUCUCCUACCUUCUCUAGGCCUAUUUGUCCUGUGUGGCUGUCUCUCAAACUUGUACCUGUGUCUCUACCUGUAUUGACCUGUAAUGACUCUUAUUGUCCAUGACUAACGUAUAGGGACAGCGGUUUUUGCUGACCAUGUGACCCGACCAGGAACAAUCCGCGGCCUUAGUUAUAGUCUUUUGAGUACAGGGCUCAGACUGUCUCCCGAAACGGGUCAUACGGUCCUGAAACACUUCUGUCCUGGAGGGGAAGAACAAUAUGAUCUAUUAAUAUGAAUAAAUCAAUUUAGCGGAUCAAUACUGUCCUUCCUCUCUGCUAUCAUCACAAUGUGUUUCAGAACAAAUGGAGUGAGAGAUCUAGAACAAACCGUAAGCUAUCUAGAGUCUGGUAGGAUUCCACAAGCUUUGCUUCUAAUAAAGCCCAUUUUGAAAGGAUCCCUGCUUGUAACAUAGCACUCUAUCACAGAAGAGAAUCCGUUUUUGCAUAACACUGCUUAGACUACCCUUAUGCUUGGUUGCAGUUUGAGGGGAGGAUUCUAACGCUUGUGCAUUUGGAGAGUAAUUUUGCACAUGCCAUUGUUUCUUCAGCAGCUUUUUUGCCUUUUGUCUAUAAACAGUAAUAAUGCUUGUACAUAUCACAACAGUACUUCUGUAUUGUAUCUUAGUCCUUGUUUUUUUUAUUUGAAAUGUUUUGUAGUACUUUUUCAUGAUUAUGUUGUCAAUUAAACUGAUGUGGGAUGGAAAAGUGGAA